AACCUCCGCUGUACGACCGCGGGCGGUUCAGGACAGCAACGCUCUGUUUGUUGGACACACUUGUUCGUUGGUGUCGCGCCGACUGAGACGCGAGGCCGUUGCGGUUUUCUGGAGCAGCAAUCUUCAAUAACUGUGCAUCAUGGGCUGGUUUUCCGCGCCACCACCGGAUCCCAAGGAGCAGAUUCGGGAAUGGAAAUCGUCACUGCGCAAGGAGAUGCGCGGUCUUGACCGACAAGUUAUGCGGAUAGAACGGGAGGAGAUGAAGAUUAAGCAGAGCGUUCGCGACGCAGCGAAGAAAGGACAGACGGACGUGGCCAAGGUGCUGGCUAAGAGCCUGGUAGAAUCGCGCCGAGCCAAGAACCGCAUCCACAAGACCAAGGCCCAGAUCAACUCCGUGUCCAUGCAAAUCCAGCAGCAAGCCAGUAUGGCGCGAGUGGCUGGGGCCAUGGGUAAGUCGGCUGAGGUGAUGGCGAUGAUGCAGCAGCUGGUGCGCAUGCCUGAAAUCCAGGAGACGAUGCGACAAAUGAGCAUGGAGAUGCAAAAGGCGGGUUUGAUUGAGGAAAUGAUGGAGGAUACCAUGGAUUCUGUUCUGGAUGACAGUGAUAUGGAGGAAGAGGCUGAAGAGGAAGUGGAAAAGGUUUUGAUGGAGCUGACCUCAGGUCUCUUGGGCGCCAACGUGUCCACCCGCACGCCGGCGGUGGCAGCAGCAGCCGAGGAGGCAGAGACGGGCCAGGCCGACGACCUUUCCGCGCGCUUGGCCGCGCUGCGAAGCUAACGAGGAACAGCAGGACGCGCCUUUUACUUUCGAGAACCAUUUUUCAGGAUGGCUCCAAAUUCAUACCCCUCUAACUUU